UAUAGAUAACACUUUCAGAAUUUUAACGGUAGAGACUUACUUUUAUAUAAUUCAUUACCGCUACGUAGACAAAAUGAAUAGUUACGGUCUUUUGUGCUUCGUUCUCAUCUUAGGGGUUAUCUCCCAAGAGUCGUGGGCUGAGACAGCUUAUAGUAGUUCGGGGGAAGUUUUGGGAGCCAGAAGGGGAGAGUCUAGAUCGGACGAAGUUGGACUUAGGAGAUUAAGGCCUAUUCCUGGAUUAAGGCCGAUACCAAUGAUCAAGGACACUGGAUUCAGUGCUGAAAAUAAUGUAGACGAAGAUGAAUUAAAAGACUUAUUGGGAGAGUACGGAAUCGAAUUUAUUACCGAUGAAGAAAGGCAGAAAAAUUUCGAACAAUUACAAAAUGAUAUGUAUGGGGAGGAUCUGGAGAAAGACGAACAUAUGAAAAAGGAAGAUGCAUACCAAAAUGGGGAAAAAGAUCUAUUUGUAAAGGAAUCACAGAGAACUUAUUAUUAGAUAAGUUUAAAAUUAUUGAUAUUUAGGGGAGAGUACCUGAGUAAUGAAUUAGUUGUAAAUUAAUACAAUUUAGACAAAAUGCUCCUAUUAAUCCUAACAUUGUUUUAAGCUACAACAAACUUUUGUAUGUUAUAGAAAAUAUUAAUAAACUUCACAUAAAGA